GAUAACAACAGCAUUCCAGUUGGUGCUGGUCCUUGAAUAAUGACCAAAAUGCGAUUUCCAUAGUCUUUCUUUCUCUCGCUUCCAUUUCAAUCCUAUUUGUCGCUCUUUUCUUUUCUUCUCGAUUUCACUUCGCUCAGGUAUUCCAACCCCGUACAUGCAGCCAGGGGAACCCCCUAUAAUACACUCUCUGAAACAAACAACCCCGGCCUCGCCGCCCCCUUUUGCGUCGCAUCGCAUCGCGUUACAUCGCAUCGCGUCCGUUCUUUUAUACCCAGAUAUCCUCAUCGCGGAUUCAACUGGAUCUAGACCAUUUUAAAGAAAACAAAAUGACAUCAUCGGCGUUAACACUAUUUCCUCGCGACGACGAGAAGCCCGUCAGUAACUUCACCAAAAGUGGAGUGCCGGGAAUUAUUAUCGGGGUAGUCGUCUUUAUCGCCCUAUGCAUUUGCUGCUUCUUUCUCUAUCGCAAUCGACGACGAGAUACGCGCGAGGCCAAGUCGGCUCAGACUUGGAAUGAGGAUGGGUAUGCAUGAUGGAUUGCAUCAGGGCCGGGAUGGUCAGGUUGUGUUGGCUGUUUGGGAGGAUUCACAUUGUGUAUGAGGUCUGGGUAUAAUACUAUACUGUGAUUUUUUUUUGUUUAAGUGGGUUGUUGCAUGUUUUUCUGGCUAUCUUGCUUUGAUGUUCUGUGUUUGAUACUCUAUUCGAUACGCCUGGAGCGAUUAUGGCUUCGAUACCAAUUUCAGGUCCGAAUGCACUAUAUUUGAACAAUGAAUUGCUGCAAUGGGUCAUGGAAUGCGUCGAUCUUCAGCCGUUCGUCGAUCAAUACGGAAUACACCAACCAAGCAUUCUGCAGCUGUGGUCACUAUUCCUACACAUUGAGUAGCAAAUGCAUGUGUCCUAUAUGCAUCUAUGGGAACUACCCAAGCUAUAAUGGAAAGAAGCCGGUUAAAAAAGCACGAAGUGUAUUUGAUACUCAAUCACUACAGAGGCAUGAACACCCAUCUCCCUCU